UGGGUGUUUCUUAAACCGUCAGUCACAUGAUCCUGAUGUCAGUCUGCUCGGCGGCGACUAACUGUUACAAGGCUAGAAAAUUUCACCUCGGAACCAGCAUUUACCGGGUUUACACAGUUAAACUAGCAGCCAGGAACGCUGUAUGGUUUCGUUAGUAGAGAGGGAGCAUUAUUUUCUCUGAAAAAUCAACGCUUUUGUCUUGUUUCUCUAUCUGUUUUGUUGUGACGCUAAAGUUAGCCUCGCUAGCACAACACAGCCUGAGCUAGCUAGCUGCUGCUGCUGCUGCCGCCGAGAUUUCGCUGAGAAACAGCUGAAGAGAAACCCCUCAAACAUGACGCAGAUCCGCAGUGUCCACUCAUGGUGCCUGGGAGUAACAUUACAAUUGGUUUUAGGUGAGUAUGAGCUCGCUUUAUCACACAUUUUUUAGGGUUUACAUGAAGAAUAAACAAUAUCGUCGCCAAAUACGAAGGUCACACAAAACCAACCGAGUCAGCUGACACCUAGUUUUUUAAAAGAGUUGUAAUGGCUACAAGUAAUUGUAUUGGUAUCGGUACAGAAUUAUACGUAAAUUAACCUGAAAUGUCAUAUAUGUUGUUUAAACUAGCGUUGGUAAUGAUUUGUUAAAGCAAAUCUCAGUUUCCCCAGAAAAAAAACAGUCAUCGAUCAGGAGCAAAGGGUCAAUUUUGUGGUCUUGUUGGCAAUUUUUUUCACCAUCCUUUUUUCUGCAAGACUCAGUAAAGUAGACAUGCAGAAGUGGGAAAAUAGCACCAGCGUGUUUCAUAGAUUUCCUGUAAAUCAAACCACUUCCUAGGUGUACUAUAAAUAGUUUGGUAAAGAUGUAAAGUCACAUAUCCAACCUUUUGUCCUCACACAAUUGUGUUUCUUCUUUACCUGAGUACACAAGCUUUAUCUGCAAGGAGGAAUGUUUGACUGCUAUUGUGUUAACCUCACACACUGUAAAACCAAGUUACAGAGCCAAAGAUAUUACAAUAAAUCACUGAACAUAUUUUUUUUUUGUUUUUGGACUCAUUUACCUGGAGAAUAAUUGAGUCUUUAUCCUUUGCUGCAUUAAGAAGUUCAGAUGUACAGACUUAUUUGCAAUCCCUCAUUUUGGACGCAGGUGCCUACAGAUGACUGUCAAACAGGGAUUUAAUAUUUCUGCCUGUUAAUAGGAUUAUAUUUUCUUGCCACUGUCGCUUUGUUAUUUAAUAAUUGAUGUUGAGUUUCUGUAAACAGCUCUGUAAUGAAUACAGUAAUUGUUGUAAGGGAACUUUUGUUUGACACGGCACAAUUUAAGCUAAAAAAAGACGUCUCUAAAUUUACACAGAAGUCAAACUUUGAGUUUUAGUUUUCCACCUCAUGUGUUAAAAGGUUUACAAGAAUGACUAGCUACCAAAACAUGCAUCCAUCUCUAAGAGAAAUAGGAUAUUAUUCCAUCAUAUUUGUCCUGAAUGGUAUAAUCUCUGAGUUUUUUUACAUGCACUAUAUUUGAUUUAUGAAACAUGUCAUAAUUUUCUUUGUAGUGUCAGAUGAAUCCUGCUGAAAUCCUGCAUUUAUUCAGCAUUAAGGACCUCAUAUCCCUGUUAUUGGAGACUCAUAACUAAUUUCUCCCGCAGCUGCUCUCCUACACCAGGGUUUUGCCACUGUUGCCCCGCCAACCACCGCUGCCCCACACAAAGACCCUGGUAGACCUGACAGAGGAAACUACCAUGUCGCUAGCACCAAUGGCACCGCUUGUUUACUGGCCUCCAUGGGUCUCCAGCUCAAUGUCACCUUCAGCUCCAUCUCCCAGAAUAAGGUGCUUAAAUAUAAACAUUUUAACACUACUAGAGCCAAAAGUACAGACUCAUGUGAAUUAUUGCAUCUUUGUUAACAGACUCUGGUGGAGGUUGUGAACCUUCAGCCCAAUUUGACCAAGAGCUCUGGAUCAUGCGACAAAGAAAGCGCUUCCCUAAAGUUGACAGCUGAUGGGGAUAAGACCAACCUCACCUUUUUCUUCACCCUGGUAGGUUACCUCAGUGAUAUUCAUUUCUCUAUAUGCUCUCAUUUUCAUUUACAGUCUCAGAUACAACCACUAGAUGGCGACUGUUCCUUUAAGGUGAAGAUGCUUUACUGCUGUAUCACUAACUCAACAUGGUGCUGCUGUUAUUCCCCAGAAUACUACAUCCAAUAAGUACUACCUAAGUGAAGUGUCUUUGUCUGCUACCUGGCCAGACAUGAAAGGUGAGUGCACUCAAACUCACCGUGUGUACGGGAGCUACUCUUUGUUAGACUAAAAACAGGAUUCUGUGAUCCUCUUCUGUUGUGUAAUCAGGUCAUUUACACUGACAGUGUUUUCGUACAAAUCAAACUGAGCAAGAAAGUAGCUUUUUAAGUUUAUUUUGGGGAUUUUGUUGCCUUUUUUAAAAGAGGAGAGUGGAGGAAAUAGAGCAGAGAACUGGAAGUCAGUGUGGAAGAUUAACGGGGGUCAAAGGCCCACAGGAGUCAAACAUGGAUCAGCUGCUCUGAGGGCUAAAGCCAGAGUCAUUUCUUUAAAGAUUAUACCAUGAUACGAAUGAUCAGAAACUGUUUUUGUUGAUUGAUAAAUGGAUGGGUUGACUUUCUUUUUUUGCAGCUCCUCUCUGUUGACAAGGUUGUCACUGUAAUACAUUUUACAAAGCAAACAUUGCACAGAUUUCCUCAUGUAAACAUAUUUUAGGGCAUUGUAGCUAAUAUUAGGCGGGAUGAAGUGAGACAGAAAUCAUGAGGAGCAGAGAGUGGAGAGGACAUGCAGUACAGAGUCAUUGCUGGGGGGUCAACCAGGGAUUGUAACCUGUACAUACAGGGUGCAUGCUUUAACCUCUCAACAAACCAGUGACCUGCAUGUUCAUUUUUAGUUGAAACUCAGUUUUAGAGAUGUUGUUUCAUUCAAGGUUAGGUUGUUUAAAAAAUCUUGUUUAUUUGACUUCUGUCCGAUUUAAAAUGUGUCUUUCCUAUUUGUUGGAAAAUACAGUGGCUGUUAACCAUUUAAAUGCGUUGUCUUCCCACGGAUCCAAUACUACAAUACAGGAAGACUUGGUGCCUAUUGUCAGUAAAACAGGCGCGGUGCAUUGACUGCAUAUCAAAGUAGAUGCCGGUUGUGUCUUGCAUGUCAAAAGAUUAAAGGUCUAAUUUCAGCCCCAACCCCUCUGCUCCCUUUAGUCUUCUGGAGCCCAAAGAAUGUCAUAAAUGUGAAUGUUGUCUUUCUCUCUUGGACUAGAUACCUCUUUCUUCUGUAAUCACUCUCUAUACUUUGCUCAUUAACAGCGCCCUUCUCAACCCGGAACAACAGUCUGGACUACCUUCAGGGCACCCUCGGCCACUCCUACAUGUGCCGUGAAGAGCAAACCCUGGAUGUCACCCAGGAAUUGUCCAUCAAUACCUUCCAGCUGCAGGUGCAGCCGUUUGGCCUCAAGGGGGGGCAGUUUGGAGCAGGUAAAUUCUUCAGUCGGGUAAAAUACAGUAAAAGCAAUCCUUCAUGUUCUGCCUCUAAUGAAUGCUCUCUGCUGUUUCUCCCCCCCACAGCUGAGGAGUGCCAGUUAGACGAAGAUGACAUGUUGAUCCCCAUCAUAGUUGGAGCAGCUUUAGCAGGUCUUGUCCUCAUUGUGCUGCUGGCCUACCUCAUCGGCAGAAAGAGGAGCCACGCCGGCUAUCAAACCAUCUGAGGUCACUUUAAUGUUCGCAGAGGCCAGAGCGCUCCCAUCUCCCUCCCCCCAGAUUAACCCCUGUCCUCUGAGACUUAACACUCCACUCUUUCCCCCUCUAUCCCUCCUCCAUCCUUCAUCCCCUGCCUGUGUGUGUGUGCUGUUCUUCGCCCUCAUCAGUAACACUAGUCACCAUCACUGUGCAGGUUGAUUUACUCUUUCUGAACUGACUCGCUCCUUCACUUAAAUAAAAGAGGGACUUUGUUAAGAGAGUUGGGUGUAAAUAAGGAAAACUCUGUAGUGAUACCAUGUAAAGUGAGGAUGGACUGUUGAUCAUAGGGUCUGUGUGAGUGCCCUCAGUUACAUUGUACUGUUUAUGAUUUCUGUGAAAGGAAUUUUGAGGGAUUAUGGGAUUUGAGGGAAUUACUUCCUUAGCUUUUCUUGUUGUUUUCUUCUUUUUGGGCGACCCUUUUUGUGAAGUGGUCUCGCUCUGAUUAAGGUUUGUUAUAUAAAGGGAAGCUCCUGGUUGUUUAACAUAAUCCCCCUCAGAGUUUGUAUAGGGGUCAGGUUAACUCAGAAUUUAGCACAAAUUACAAGGAUUUUUAGGGAACAUACUAAAAAUACAGUCACCUAAACCCAAAGGGGGAAAUUCAAGAGUCCUUUUAUAGGAGAAAUGAAUUUAGGGUUCAUAUAAUCAGCAGGGAUUAGCGACGCUUACCUCCUUUUGCUUAGGUACGCAGGUACACAACACUUUUUGUAUGGAGGCCAGAAAUGCAUUUUUUUCUCUUUUCACUUCAUUUUGAGAAAUGCGUGUUUGCUUUCUUUUUGCCUUUGGUUAGGAAAGAGGAUCAGUGCUCCUUUAAUACUGGCUGAAUAUGAAGCUACAGCUUAGGUGAGCCAAAGUUUGAACAAAGACUUGAAAAAAGUGGAAACAACUCGCCUGCUUCUGCACAGCGAUGCAAAAAUCAUACCAUAGCAAAAAAGCAAAAAGUGUAAAAACAACACAACUCAGUUUUGAAGGUGUUAUGAGCCUAACUAUGACUGUGUUAUUUUUACACCUUAAUAUUUGAACAUAAGUAAGUGUUUGUCAGCGAGUGGAGGGAUGUGCUGGUAAGUGAGUUUUCUGAUAUUUGUGCAGAACCAGGCGAGCUUUCCCUGUUUCUAGUCUUUAUGCUAAACUAAGCCAAACCUAUCAAAGCUGUUCUAUCAUAGUCAACCCAGAGUACAGUGCUGCUAAUCUUUUCAUUUAACUGUUUUUUUUUUUUUGAGCUUGCAACUCUCCAAAGUGUCAAAGUGUAUCUUGAGGUGAAAGUAGCCACUCUUCUGAAUUCUGCUGUUACAGUAUGCACACAUGACAGGAUUGCUUAUGAAAAUAGGAAGAGUACUGGUACUGCCUAGGUGCUUGAAAAGCUCAGGAUGUCACUUUUAAAGAGUGAAUUCAUGUCGAAGUGUUACAAUCCACUGGGUGGUUUUGUUUGUGUUUUUUGCUCGCUGAUUAUGUACCCACUAGGGGUUUUGAUUGCUGAAGUGAAAGAUGUUGCACUAAAAUUUGAGAAGCAGCCCCCAAGUAAUUAUUAUUAUUAAAGUGGCCAUAACGCUCUGGUCAGUGUUCAUCAGUGCCUUCCCAGCUGUGACAGAGAGGGGAUUCAAGUAAAGCCAAUACCACAAAGAUACUCACUCGCUCACUGACACCCUGUGCUGUCAUGUCCGGGACAUAAUCUCUUUGUCUGACAUAGCCUUCAUGUACUGUUACUGUUACUAUUACUACCAUGAAUUGUGUUGAUUGAUACAGCAGGAGAAAAUACAGAUGUUUGUUUUUUAUGUUCCCCUUCAUCUAAAAGUCCAUGUAGUGAUUUAAUAAGGUUGUAAUGUGUUUGAACUGUUUUCUAAAGGAGAGGUCAAUAAAAGUGAAUGAACGACACUGUU